UUCUCUCUCCCCCAGUGGACUGUCAGUGUGCGCGGGACGCUGCCAGGUACAACUGUGUUGUCUCAGGGCCCCACCUCAGAGCUUCCCUCCUACGUCACACGCAUCUCUUCACGAACCCAACCUUCGGGAUAUCUUCAGCCUUACCGACACCGCAGGAACAAUAACCCCCCAUGUCCGGUAACACUAUCCCGAACCUGCUAUCCCUUCGCGGUGCAAAGGGUGCAAGGGGCGGUCGCGGUCGCGGAAGAGGCCCCGGUGGCCCCUCCUCCUCGGGCCCAACUCAUGAUCAGACGAUCCAGGGAACCGACGACGACGCCGCCGGCUCGCGCCUGAGUGCCGUCAACGUGGGAUAUCUCGCCGAUCCCUACGCACAGUUCUUUGUCGAGAACUUUGCUGGGCCCCCUCCGAGGAGACUACCCAUCAUCAACCGAGGCACUUACACGAGAACCGUCGCUCUCGACAACCUCAUUGACGACUUCUUGGACGUUUCCAGUAGAGCACAGUCCGGCCCCAAACAGAGACAAAUCAUCUCUCUAGGCGCUGGUACCGACACCCGUCCGUUCCGUCUCUUUCCCAGGGCUAGCCGGCCUGAGCUCGUCUAUCACGAGGUUGACUUUGCGGUUACGGUCCGGAAGAAGGCACGCAUAGUGCAGUCCGUUCCUCCCUUGCGCCAAAUUCUCGGAGUGCCGUCCGUCGAGGAGGACGGAUCGUGGUCCUCGCGACCAUCCCAAACAGACGAGUACUAUUGUCACUCGCGCGACUUGCGCGAACUGGUGCAAGACGGCGCACCGCCCCUAGCAGGUCUCAGAACCGAUAUCCCAACCUUGCUAAUAUCGGAGUGCUGUCUCUGCUACCUCGAGACUUCCACAACCAAAGACGUUGUGGCGUGGUUCGAGCGGAAGAUCGCUAACCUCGGCAUCGUCGUUUAUGAACCAAUCAGACCCGACGAUCCAUUUGGCAAGAUGAUGACGUCCAACCUUGCGGCGAGGAGGAUACGCAUGCCGACCUUGGAAAACUAUAAGCUCCCGCUGGACCAUACACAGCGUCUCCGUGAUGCAGGGUUUGAGCAUGCCCACGCCCUGACAGUCGAGCGCAUAUGGGAGAGUUGGGUUUCGACUGAGGAAAAGGAGCGGGUAGACCGGUUGGAGGGGCUCGACGAAGUCGAGGAAUGGAAGCUUCUCGCCGACCAUUACAUUGUGGCAUGGGGGUGGAGGGGUGCUGGGUUUGUAAUGCACGGCACAAACGGGGCGUAGUAAGUUAUCCAGGACUAUCACGUCGUUUCAUCGUCGCUUAAGAGGCACAUGAUCAAUCGGAAUGCCAGACGAGGUGAAUAUCAUCAUUGGCAGAUAUUAAGACUUCUUCUGCUAAAGAGGCUUGGCCUCGUUCAUCAGCGUUCUAAAAUGAAGCUCUCUGCCUAGCUUCGCGCACUCCAGAUGAACGGUUCGUCGUCGGUUACAGACAAACCCGAU